GGUUUGUUUGGAGUCCAAAGAGCAGACAUCAAAUUAAAAAAAUGAAAAAAUACAGUUUAUGUUGUUUCAAAAUAAGAAAUGGGGAAUAAAUUAACAGCUUUUACCGAGGAACAGUUAGAAGCAUAUCAGGAUUGCACAUUUUUCACCAGAAAAGAAAUUCUAAGGAUAUUUAAACGUUUCCAAGAACUUUCACCAAAUCGUGUUCCAAAUGACAUGAGAAAUGGGAGAGUGAAGAAAGUCAGAAUACCUCUAACUGAACUUGAAGUCAUGACAGAACUAAGGGAGAACCCAUUUUGUGAACGGAUAUGCCAAGUAUUUUCAGAGGAUGGAUCAGGGGACAUGAACUUUGAUGAUUUCCUUGACAUGUUUUCAGUGUUUUCUGAGGCAGCUCCAAGGGACAUCAAAUGUGUUUAUGCCUUCAAAAUAUAUGAUUUUGAUGGGGACAACUUCUUAAACCGCUUUGAUUUAGAAAAAACUUUGAGGUGCCUUACACGAAAUGAGCUCACAGUUGAUGAGGUGUCUUUUAUUGUGGACAAGGUAAUAGAAGAGGCGGAUCUAGACGAUGAUAAUAUGUUGUCAUACAUUGAAUUUGAACAUGUGAUAUCAAGGUCUCCAGACUUUCUCAACACAUUCCACAUUCGAAUAUGAUUGAACAGAUAGAAAUACACCUCAACAUGAAAGAGAUUAUGCUGUCUUUUAGUAGUUUGCAAUACAAACAUUUAGUAUAUUGUGACAAUGUUAUUUUGAAGGCAUGAUUAAGGCCAACGCAACAAUUUCAUGUGCGUUUUUUUUGUUUAUUUUCUCAUGAAUAUAUAUUUCGCUGUAAUUUUAAUGUGAAGCUCUAUUAUAGACUCCCCGAGAUAAUUGUGAGGCAGAAAUGUUGAAUGUACAAAUUUAUAAUUUCAAUUGAAUUUGUUAUUUGAUUUAUGUAGUUACUUUACCAGGCAUUUUAAAAGAUCUUAGUUUUAUUUCGAUUUUUAAGACACAUGACUUGAGCUUUCUCCGUGAUAAUAUGAUUUCAAAGUAAUCAUGACUGGGGACAGGGGUAUCUCCAUGAUUACAUGGUUUUUAAAAAUUUCCAUAACAUGAUUUCAAAGAAAUCAUGACUGGGGACUGGGGUAUCUUCACGAUUACAUGGUUUAAAAAAAGAAGGACAAGGUUUUUCCACGAAAACAUGAUUUUCAAGUAAUUACGACUGGGUUUUCUCCAUGAUAUAAUGGUUUUAAAGUAAUCAUGAGUUUUCUGAAUUACAUGAUUUUAAAAAUCAUGACUUGGUUUUCUCCACGAUACAGUGAUUCAAACACUCCUCAUGACUUUGUUUUCUGUAUGGUAACUUGAUUAGAGUAGUCAUGACUUUGGUUUUUCCAUGAUAAGAAAAUUUCAAGGUAAUCUCAUCCAAUUGUAAAAUGAUCUGAAAAUAUUAAAUCUGUAAAGUUUUCGAUACUUAAAAAUAUCGUGUAACUUUUUGAAUUAUUAUUUCAUUCACUAAGUCAAUUACAUUUUUCAGGAACUUCUUUGUAAUCUGGCCAGAAUAAUUUUAACUGGUACUGAACAUCAUAGGUCAUGUCUCACAAAAAAAAAAGAUUGUUUAAAUAAUUUUUUUGUCUUCGAAAACUUUAAAAAAAAAAAAGAAUCCUUUGAUAGACAAUGAACAUUUUUGGAAAUUGUAAAAACCCUGUUAUGAAAUGGAAAACAAAAUUUUGUGUAAAUUUUUCAGGCUGUCUUGCAUACAUUAUAUGAUGAUGUAUCAUUACCAGUACAAAUAUGGGUAAAACAGAUAAUAAAACAUGUA